UCCAAAAGAGAGAAAGAUGGCGGAGCACAGGAGAAGCAGGUCAGGGUCCCGGCGCUCCCUUUGCAUCCGCUGGAAUGUCACCCUUCUCUCCAUAGCGACCAGCGUACUGCUGGCUGAGCCCGGAGGCGCCACUACGCACUGGGUUGUCACAGAGGACGGCAAAAUCCAACAACAGGUGGACUCGCCCCUGAACCUGAAACAACCACAUGACCUCGUCAUCUUCAUGCGCCAGGAGAGCCGCGUGAACUACCUGAAGGAGCUGGAGAAGCAGCUUGUUGCCCAGAAGAUCCACAUAGAGGAGAAUGAGGACCGGGACACAGGGCUGGAGCAGCGGCAUUACAAGGAGGAUCCAGACUGCGUAGCAGCAAGAGUGCCCCUGGGAGACCUAGACCUGUAUGAUGGCACCUUCAUCUCGCUGGAGAGCAAAGGGAUCAGCCCAGAGGACUACGUUGACUCCCAUUCCUCUUUACCAGCGGGCCUUGAGAAGCCAGACUGCAGUAAGAUUUUUGAGCUGCCGUACAGCAUCCAUGCCUUCCAGCACCUAAGGGGUGUACAGGAGAGGGUGAACCUGACGUCCCCACUUCUCGCUAAGGACGACCCCAUCUUCAGCUCUCUGUCCCACAAGCUGGGACGCAGCAUGGACGAGGCAGGCCACCGGAUCAACCAGGGCCUGCUCAGGAACUCCUCCUCCUGGGUGCUGUACAACCUGGCAUCAUUUUAUUGGCGCAUGAAGAAUGAGCCAAGAUAUGCGGUGGACUGCGCGGUGCGAGCACUGCACUUCUCUCCAAGGCAACACAAGGACGUGGCGCUGGUGAACAUGGCUAACGUCCUGCACCGCGCACACUUCUCUGCUGAUGCUGCCAUCCUGGCCCACGCUGCACUAGACCUCACAGCUGACCUCUUCACCAGCCACUACACCCUGGGAAACAUCUAUGCCAUGCUUGGGGAGUACAACCACUCAGUACUGUGCUACGAGCAGGCCCUGCAGGCCCGUUCCGGGUUCGAGCAAGCUCUGCGCCGUAAGCAUGCCGUCCUCUGCCAGCAGAAGCUGGAACAGCGGCUGGAAGCUCAGCACCGGUCCCUGCAGCGCACCUUGAACGAGUUGAAGGAAUACCAGAAGCAGCAUGACCAUUACCUCCGCCAGCAGGAGGCACUGGAAAAGCACAAGCUCCUGCAGGAGGAGCAGAUCUUGCGGAACAUCAUUCACGAGACACAGAUGGCCAAAGAGGCUCAGCUGGGGAACCACCAGAUGUGUCGCCUCGGACAGCAGGGCUCACUGUUAUGCCCCUUUGACCUCCCUGUACGUUACCAUCGCGGGGACCUCUUUGAGAGCGUCCAUUCCAUCCAGUUUGGGGAGGAGGCGUUGGCCACUGGCACCAUGGCCAUGAGCUCAAAGCUGAGCUUGAACGAGACACGGAGACCCCAGCCCUACGUCUCCGUGUCUGGAGGGGGGGACCCAGCUCUCCAGUGGGGCAUGGGGCCCUCAGCAAUGCUGGAGAGCUGGUCUGAGCUGUGGCCAACCAGGGCUGAGUGUGCCCACCGUUUCCCUGCUGUCCCUGCAACUGGCCUUCUGCCCACGUUCUACCUUGCUCCUGAGACUCGUGGCUUUGGGGUUCAGAGGGUGCUAUAUGAGGAUGCCCCUCUCCUGCUGGUGACGGACCCCCCAGACUGUGGUGCCCCCCCUCAGUCAGCUGCUCUUCCUGUGGGUUUGCUGAUGUCAGCUGGGUGGGAGCUGGAUGGAAAGGACCUGCCUGACCCCUUCGCUGCUCAGGUGCUGCUGUCUCGGAGCUCUGGACGAAGCCUCGAGCUAACGGGAACGCUCAUAGCACGGGCACUGAAGCUGUCUGGUGCCCUCCAGUGGCUCGUGCAGAACGAAGCGGCCCUGUACUGGCGCGCCAAGGGCAAUGGCAGCCGUGCGCUCUCCUGCGUGCUCCACGCGCUGUGCAACGCUCCAGCACAGCACCGUGACCUGUGCCUCCUCAAUGCGGCCAACCUGCUGUUGCACCGUGGCCUGGCAGAGGAAGCGGAGCCCUUGCUGGAGGAAGCCCUGGCACUCAACGCAUCCGAGCCCCUGUCUCUGCUGAGCCAGGUUACAGCCCUGCUGUCCCAGGGGAACCUGACGGGGGCGCUGGCUGUGUUUCGGCAGGCCCUGUUCAUCCCAGGCAGCUGUCCCCAGUGUCAUGCCAGUCUGCCGUUGUUGCGUUGCUUGCAGUUCUACCCACUACUGUACAACCUGACGUGGCAGCCCUGCCCUGAAGGUUCCCGGUGCACGCCAGACGACCAUGGGCUGGAGGAGAAGCAGGAAGCUGCUGUGGGCCCUCAGUCUGUCCCAGCUAAGGAGGACCAGCUCCUUCUGGAGACUGUGGUAUUUGAGAGCAAUGGCUCUGGGGGAGCUGGACACGAAGAAACAGACAGAAGAAGUGCUGGAAAAGCAGGAGAAGGGAAAAUGAGUGGAGAAAGUAGUGAGGAAGAAGAGGAGCAGGAGUGGCAGCUAAAGGAGGAGCUCAUGGGGGCCUUUGAGGGGGCUCUGGACAGCGGGGGCCGCCGGGGUGACCUCAGAGGCAUCCGCGUGCUGACGAGUGAUGGCGUAGCAGCCGGGAGGAGCGGAGGGUCUUGUUUUGGCAACUGUGAGGAUGAUGAGGGCGCAGAGUGGAUCACAUUCCAGGUGAAGCGGGUUCGGAAGCCCAAGGCAGAGUCAUCAGACAGUGUCAGCGGUGAUGAGGAUGCCCAUCAGGGGGAGCCGUCCAGCAGCCAUUCUGUCUUAGAGAUUAGUGGGCCCACUAUCCCUUCCCCAGGACCUUCAGGCCGCUGGCGGGACUACGCGAGUCUAGGCUGGCCGGGGCCAGAGGAGUGUCAGCGGACACGGAGGGUAGAACUCGCCACUGUGGCCAGUACCUGGCUGGCUGUGUCUGCCAAGAACAUCGACAUCACAGAGCACAUUGACUUUGCCACGCCCAUUCAGGAGCCGGCAGCAGAACCCGUGUGCAACGCCAACCUGCCAGCCAGCAUGCACACACUGGACCACCUGAGCGGGGUGGCCAACCGCGCAGCCAUACAUUACACGGGGGAGAGCCAGCUCCGAGAGGUACUGCAAAACCUUGGAAAAGACAAAUUCUCCCCGCAGUCCUUUGAGCAGGUUGGCACCCGCAUCGCCAAGGUGCUGGAGAAGAACCAGACCUCCUGGGUGCUGUCCAGCAUGGCAGCCUUGUACUGGAGGGUCAAAGGUCAAGGCAAGCGAGCUAUUGACUGCCUGCGCCAGGCGCUCAACCAUGCGCCGCACCACAUGAAGGAUGUGCCACUCAUCAGCCUGGCCAACAUCUUCCAAAAUGCGCGGUUGUGGGAGGACGCCCUCACUGUGGCUCGCAUGGCUGUCGAGAUUGCCCCACACUUCGUUGUCAACCACUUCACCCUCGCUAACGUGUACAUCGCCAUGGAGGAGUUUGAGAAGGCCAUGCAGUGGUACGAGUCCACGCUGAAGUUGCAGCCAGAGUUCUCCCCAGCUAAAGACCGCCUGCGUACCAUCCAGUGCUACCUGCUCACAAAGAAGGAGCGACGGGUGCCCUAGGGUGACCGGGCCAGGGAAUCUCUCUCUCUCUCUCUCUCUCUCUCUCUCUCUCUCUCUCUCUCUCUCUUUCUC